GUCAAAUGUGGUAAUGGAGUAGUUAUACUUCCAACCUCAUCAAUAUUGUACACUACAUAUAUAGUAUAUAGAUAUAUGUUGGGGUGUGGGUUGGAAACACACAUCAACACUGAAAAAUGGGGUCUUUGAUGCAAGAGUUGAAGAGACAAGCUUCCUUCUUCUUGAGACAGAAAAUCAAGACUGCAAGAUUGGCACUCACAGAUGUCACUCCUGCACAGUUAUUGACAGAAGAGGUAAUAUAUGGAGAUUCAAUGGCAGCAGACAUUCAUGCUAUCACCCUCAUUUCUCGGGCUGCCUUCGAAGUAGAUGAUUAUGACAGAAUUGUGCACAUUCUGCAUCUCAGGUUGUCUAAGUUUGAUGAAGUGAACUGGAGAGGCUCUUACAAGGCUCUUGUUCUUCUGGAGCACCUUCUCACCCAUGGACCACACAGAAUUGCAGAGGAAUUUGAAUCUGAUCAAGAUAUUAUUAGAGAUAUGGCCAAUUUUAGUUAUGUGGAUGAAAAAGGGUUCGAUUGGGGAUUGAGUGUGAAGAAGAAAGCUGAAAGAGUAAUAGAGCUUCUUGAAGAUAGGGCAUAUCUGAAAGAGGAAAGAGCAAGAGCCAGAAAACUAACAUUUGGGAUCAAAGGGUUUGGGAGUUUUAGCCACAACGGAAGCUCCAACAAUGACACAAAUGCUCGUACGGUUUUGAGAUCAAACUCUCUCUUGUUUGGAGAUCAUCAUCAUCAUCAUGAUAUUGAAGUGGAGGGUAACUUAUUGGCAUCAGAUGAGUACAGCAAUUUAUUAGCAACAAACAAGAAGAUGGCUGAUGAUAAUUUAAAGGGAUGGUCACAUACGUACCGGAGCCAUGGAUAUGCUAUGGAAGAGGAUCAUCCAUUUUGGGAUAAGGAGCAUCAGACCAGAGUCUCACUUCUGUCUUCUGUAUAAUGAAACAAGUAUACAUAUAUAGAUGGAUACUAUAUAUAUAUAUAGCGAGAGAGAGAGAGAGAGGGUGUGAGAUUACAUAUAUAGAUAUCAGAGAAAAGAUAGUUUGUGUGAUGUUUAAAUGCCUGUAAAGUUUCUGAAAAAUGAUGAACAUGUCUUUUCUUUCAAGCAUAUAAAGCAUGGGAUCCAAUGAGAUGCUGACGUAGAGAGUUCUAUCAUCAUAGAACACUAACAAGUAUUUAUUCAAGUUGAACCUGAAGCAAUGCUCCAAUACAUGGUAAUAAUUGUACCCCAGAAAGAAUGCAAUAACUGAACCAUGUAACUCAGCUUCCAACAGAACACAAACAGAAGAAAGAAGACACUGUAAGGAUGUCUCUAUAUAAUUGAACCAGCCCAUGCUGCAUUGGGCAAUCAGUUUCUAGGAUUGUUCGCACAGCAAGAAUCAGGAUAUUCUGCUGUUCCACACUCACACAUUGCACAUCUAGUACAUGUAUUAGGAACAUGUAUAUAUUCAAUACGUGAAAAGGGUGAAGCACAAGACAAUAUGAUUGGAACUUCUUAAUCAAAAAAUUAAGAAUAACAUCCAGAAAUCAACUCCUCGCCUCUCAAGAUAAAUCAAUCCAACGUGAGAACAACAAAUAUAGAAAACAAAACUACUACUAGCAGGUUGCAUGCUGCAUUCCUG